AUGGUCGGGGCCGCAGCGGCGGUCGCUCUCUCCACGGCGCCGACUGACUCGGAGUUCCGCCGCUACCAAACGGGAUUGGAGGCGGUGCCGGGAACUUCACCGCUAGGCGAAAACGCACCCCAGAAUUCCAAAUUCGACUUGUACUCAGAACAGCCCAGCGGAUCAACCUCCAUGAAUUCUGGACCAGCGCUGCAGCAUGUCUCGAUGUUUCGCAUCUAG